AUGGGUUGCAUCAAUUCGAAGAAGGACAUCAAGGACGUGCACUCGAACAUCUUCCACGUGAUCAACAUCGACAAUGACGGUACGGAGCUGUGGAGCGGCAAGCUGGAAGUGACCCGCGUUGAGCUUACGCUCUACCGUAAGGGCAAAGAUCCGACGAAGUGGCCGUUGAAGUGCCUGCGACGCUACGGUUACAAUGUUGAUCAGUUUAGCUUCGAAGCCGGCCGGCGGUGCACCACCGGGGAAGGCAUUUACGCGUUUCGGUGUCGCCGUGCCGAAGCCCUGUUCUACACGGUGCAGGCGUACAUUCAGGGGCGCAUCUACAGUGACGAAAAUACGAACCCCAACGAUCCGUACCCGAUACCGGUGGCUUCCAAUGGACCGUCGGUGGCGGCGCGCAGCGUUUCGCAGAAUAACACGGCCACCCGGAGCAGUGGUAGCGGUGGCCAGGGUGGCCAGAUGCAAUGUACGUUCGUGAUGAACCGCACCGGCAUGGCGACCAGCCAGUCGCUCAGCCCGAAUGGUACGAUACAUUCGAAUUCCAAUCAGAGCCGCAGCACCGACACGCUUCCGAUGGAGGGAAACUAUCUCGAACCGACGCCUAAUCGAUCGAAUGCCUCGGGUACGGUACAACCGCACACGAUUACGACUCGCUUCCAGCAGGGAUUGCGGCUGAGUUCGGUUAGCAGCGGACCGAUUAGUCCAGACAUCACGUCGCCUGGUUCGCCGAAUAGCAUGACGAAUAUCCUGGAGGUGACGACGCUGAAUCCGCUGCCAACGUCACAUACGAGCGGCAGCGUACACCAGGGUGUGAGCAACGUUUAUCAGGAGUUUCCCAUGAAGGACUCGACGUUGGCCUCAUUGCACCACCAGCAUCACCAGCAUCUGCUACAUCAGCACCACGUGCAUCAUCAAGCGACGGCCACGAUCGUUGCCCCACUCGUCGGGGGCUUGGUUCGCACGUCCAUGGACGUUCCCCCUCAAGAGCCCGCUCCGGGUGCAACGGUGGUGCUGAGCUCUAGCGCUCAGUCGGAAAUGGGAGCCUCCACGGUAGUGUCCGCAUCCGGUGAUGCCCUCAUCUGUGGUGGGGACUGUGACCAACAGCAACCUUCCACGCCCGACGCGAUAGACCCGGCGCGGAUGUACAUGAAUGUAAAUAUAAGCGGCACCGAUGGAGGAGCCGGUGGAAAGGCCAAAAAGCCGGUCGCUUUCAGCAGCAAAAGCAACUCUAGUCUCAUCUCGAUAUCUAACAUCACCAACAACAACAACAAUACCAUCAGUACGGGCUCGUUCGAUGAGUGCCAGUAUCAAAACGUGCGUACGCCGACGACAAUGCCGACCGGUGGUGGAACCAGCUCGGCUGGGGUUCCGCUGCUUGCGCAGAACAUCGUAACGGGCAACAUGUUCGCUCAGUUCCAGCGAUUGAACAGUGCCACUGGUGGACCACCACCACCGGGUACCCAAUUUUCGAUGGAUCCGAAUCGUUUCUACGAGAACCUCGAACCCGCCGAACUGAAAGCUGUGCUGUUGCGAGGCCGCUGCUCAAAGCCGGACAUUUUCAGCAACGUCGAUCUCCCGCUGGAUCACUCGGAACCGUGCACACCGACGGCGACGGCGGCCAACCAGCGCAAAGUGAACUACAUCAUACUCGAUCUCGACCAGUCGAACUCUUCGCAUAGCAUUAGUGGUGCGGCAGCUGCCGUAGCGUCCGGUGGAAGCGGUCCGGGUGUCCUAUCACCGACCGGUACCGUCCCAUGUGGAUCUUUCAAUGGGAACCCUCUCGCGGGCGCGAAUUGUGCAAAUAAUUUCAACAAUAACAACAACAACAACAGCACCGCAGUUAACCUCAACAACAUUGCCUCUGGUGGAUUGUGCAACUCUGCCAGUGGGUUAGCUUUGGGGCUGGUCGGUGCGAGCGGGGACCAACGGACUGCAUCGGUAUCGGUCACCGGUGGUGGCUGCAAUGCGGCCAUUUGUGGAGCAACACCAGGCAACGUGAGUAGUGGUUCGAUAACACCCGCCAGCGUAAGCCUGCUGCCACCGGAAAGCCCUAAAAAGGCUUCCCUCGGGUACGCGACGAUCGAUUUCAACAAAACCGUAGCGCUCAGCAACUCGACCACGCCAUCUUCGGAGCUGGAUAGCGAAGGAUCGCGCAAGACACGCCAUAAUUCGACGGUGACACCACUUGCACGGCAAAGCAAUUCUGUGAGCGAUUGA